GUUUCCUCUUUCGUCCGAAAUAGACUGACCUUAGACGAUGAUCGCGACGCGAUGGCUCCCACAUCUCAUGGAAGAGCCGGGCCUAACGGUCGUGAGAACCCUGCCAAUGGUUCUCUGAAUAGUAACAACAAUGGUCCACCUCCGUCAACUUUGGCGGCUCAAUUAGUAGAAAACAUUUCGCCUUCGACGCGCUCCUCUCGGCCGGAUGAGACAGCAGAGUUGAAGAGAUUCUUCGGAAUCAUUGAAGAGGUUAAGAAUCAACCCGAUAUGUUGAAAACGCCAAAGGAACGAAUGGAGCAUAACCACAUGCUGAUUUACGUAUAUACUCGAGUCGUUCUGGAAACUUUAAGGUGGGAUGACCCCUUUGCCGACAGGGUCCAGCUACGCGCAGAUGCAUCAAGAGCUGUCGACUUUCUGAAGAUUACCAUUAGAGAAACUCCGGAUGUCCUCUCUGCCAAAUCCGAAGAAGGUUUGUUCCUUUUUAGGGGUAGUGAACCUCUCUGGCUGUGGAUAUUUCCAAAAGUUCUGAAAAUGCUUGGUAGUGGCUAUUGUGCUGAUCUGAGGGACGAAAUCGAGUUAUUCUUUCGCGAGAUAUUUCUGAUAGCCUCCCGUACGGGCGCUCAGUGGUCGCUUUUGCCGCAAUUCCUCGCAUAUUUCAAGUCAAGCUUUAAUGCUAUAAUAAACCAUUUUAAACAACUGAAGGCCCCGUCGACAAAUAGAGAUGUUCCUAUUCAAUUACAGCUACCUCCAGCAUGGUUUCUCGCAUCAACUGUCGGUGAUGAUUUAAAGCCAGUCCAACAGCAGUGUACAUACGAUAUAGCAUUGGCAUCGCACGCUCUGCAGCAUGCAUCUGGUCUCUUGUCGAUCAUGACAAUACCUUUGCUGCACCACUCCCCAGAAUUUGACAUUGUGUCCUCUUUUCAGGAGUACAUUCCGUGGCUUUUUGAUGCUUACUUUCAUCUUCAUGAAACACAGGUUCAAUGGCAGUACUCGUUGCCCAGUGUCAUAUCUCUAUUUCUGCAGAACAGCGUGCAGUUCCUUGACGCAUUUGAAGCUAUAACCAGCAUUGACACCUGCAUAGAGCAGAAAGUGUCAACAUUACUUGUCCUUCUCUGUAUGGAGAUGUCCAGUCAAUCUUUAGGAUGUCUCAUAGCCGACGGACAUGGGAAUAAGGACCACAAAGUACUCUGUCUGUCGCUUGCGAAGGUGGCUAAGGCUUGCAUGCACUCAAAACCAAUAUCGCGGCUCGUCACGUCACAACUGAUCCCAGCGUUAGAGAAGCCGAUUAUAGGCAGUGAAGCUAAUAUCGUUGAUACUGAUUUUUGGAGAUGUGUACAGCUUCUCCGGAAGGUCGUCACUGAUCCUGUGCCUACAUCAUUAGGUGUCGAAAUACAGGCCGACAAAUUUUCUGAUGAAGGCCUUCGCCAGCAAGUCGAUGGGCUAGAUAUAGGAUCUGGCGAUGCUACGGAUGUAGAACGACAAUCAAAGCGUAGGAAGGUGUCGGCUGAACUGUCAUCGCUGCGCAAAGUAACCACACAACUUCAUCGCCUCCUAGGAACAGAGCCUGACACGAAUCUUAUUGAUUUGAAAGCCGCAUUAGAAAAUCGAUUUCAACAAUUGCCCGAAUCUGGAAUAUGUCGGAUUAUUAGCCUUCUUGGGUAUGUUUGCUGCGCCGCAGAUGAUACUCUUCUGGUGCAUGGUAAGAAGGAUGAUAGGCCCAUGCGGCUCGACUGUCGGCAUUGCCAAGCUUCUCAGACCUCAACUCAAGCACUACUCUGCCUGGAUCUUGCGGCAAAGCGAGCGGUUCAAGAAAUAUUUGCCUCCCUAGUUCAAUUACCUGGAUUUCUUGAAUCGCGAAAGCCACGCGUAUCUGCGAUGACUGCUAUUAGACGUAUUGCAAAACACUGCACCGAUCCUGAAUUUCUAGACAUAGAGGUUUCCGUGGCUGCGCAGUGGUGCUUGAAGUCACUUCAGAGUUCUGUCAGAGAGCUCCGCAUUGCUGCUGGUCGAACUGUCGCAGUGUUCCUAUCUGAACCGAAUCAAUCGGGUGCCACUUCACCGAUCGUGCAAAAAAACCGAGCGAAUGUUCUCAAUAUACUGCGCUCGCUUUCCGAGCAAGCCUCGCCUCAGCUUACGGAGACUUGUAUCCUUGCUUGGUCUCAAGUCGGAAGUGUAAUAUUUGACGAUCAGUUGAAUCUCGUGCUCGUGAAGCUUGUUGAGUAUCUUGGUUCCGAGAGCAUAAUUACGUCUGCGGCUGCGUUUGCUGAGAUAGUGAAACUUGCUCGCUCUCGAGGCAUGACUACACGGCAGUUCUUUGAGCCAUUUUGGAGAUUCCUUGCGUUUUCGGCAACUAAGGAUCUUACUUCUCGGCCGAAACUCACCCGACUGUUAGCAGAGUUGUUAGACAUGAGCAUUGCGGACCUGUUGCUCUAUGUACAAAAGUAUGCCUUGCCCUGGCUUGUACUCACGAAGAAGCGAGACGUAAUUCAAAAAAUCGCCGAAGCUAGAAACGAAGAAGAAACAUGGCGACCAUGUCUCGACGAGGCUAAUCUAGGUCCAAUAUUGGCUCUUUUGCUCACCCAGGAGGCCCCUGAUAUUCAACAAUAUUGUCUGGAUUUGCUGAACCACAUCUCCCCUCAUCUUAAUGGAUCAGGUGGCCUUGUCGAGCUAUUACGGAUAGAGCCGAUCGGGACUACCUUGGAGCUUUUAAAAGCAGCAGGCGAUGCUGAUGAAGAUCGCAAGGUUCACAUUCGCAGCGUGUUGAAUAAAGUGGCAAGCAUGAUGUUAGCAGGGAGCGGGGAAUUGAAAUCCAAAAAGGUUCACGCAUCAGGCCCCUUCCUCCAGAGGUAUGCUCUAGCUCUAAUGGCUGGGCUAACCCAAGUCAUUAACGACGUAUCGAAUCGGACCCCAACGCAAGAGCGCAAACGCCAUAUCAAAGCGAUGGAAGAGAUGAUUAGAACAGGGAAGCAUUAUAUUCGUAUUGCUCGUCCACAGAUCUCUGCUUGUCUUCAAGCAGCGAUGUUAUACGACGACCUUCGCUCUGCAGCUUUUUCAUGUUGGGCUGCCAUGCUCCUUUACUUAGAGGAUGUCGAAGCUCUUAUCGAAACCACUUUUUUCCUUAUUAGCCAUUACUGGUCUUCAUUCGACGAAGCAACACAGAAGCGGUCCAAAGAUUUGAUUGAAUCUCUAUUGGAUAAAGAGGGAGCGGUCUUAGAAGCCACUAUAAGCAAAUUACCGUCUUUCAGUCAUAUUCAUUAUCUGUCUGACAUUGAAGGGAAACUUAGCAAGCUUCGGCAACCCGUUGACAGCAGAACAGCAUUCUCUUUGCUGGCAGAAAGAGUUAGUCACGAGAAUGACGGAGUCGUCCUGCUUGCUUUGAGAGAACUUGCAUCCUACUUACAGAGGCAGCAAGAGUACUUACAGGCAUCUGCCGUAAGCGAACAACCUGAUUCGGUUGUGUCUACCCUCACUCGCUCACUCCUCGAUUGCUCGUCCAGAUUUAGCGGCAUCCAUGGCGAAAUUAGCGACCUUUGUACUCAAUGUCUGGGUUUAGUGGGUUGUCUAGAUCCAAACCGCGUAGAAUCGGUUCGCGCCGAGAGACAAAUUGUCGUCAGGAGCAAUUUCGAGCAUUCAGGCGAGACUACUGAUUUUGUUAUCUAUCUAUUAGAGGAGGUGCUUGUCAAGUCAUUUCUCUCUGCAACUGAUACGAAGCUACAAGGCUUCCUCUCGUAUGCCAUGCAAGAGCUUCUCGAAAGAGCUGACAUCAAGGUUGCAGUGCAAAUGGAAGGAACAAGGGAUGCAGCCCCUAUUUAUCGAAAAUGGUUAUCGAUGUCUGUGACUGCUCGGGAGGUGCUAAUACCUUUCCUGACUUCGAGAUACGUCGUCCAACCUAUGGCAGCACAGCAGACGGAAUACCCGAUCUUUAGACCGGGUAAGACGAGGUAUGCCAACUGGAUGCGGAGCUUCACUCUCGAUCUUAUGCGUAAACCACAAGCCCCAUUUGCCGAACUGAUCUUUGAGCCUCUAUGCCGAGUUAUUCGGAUCAAGGAUCUGUCGACAGCGGAAUUCCUUUUUCCAUACGUCACCCUUCACAUUGUAGUUGGCGAAGAUACUACAGAAGAACAGCGGUCGAAUGUGCUUAAUGAACUGCUCAAUGUGCUUCGACACGAGGUCCCAGAUAAUGCAAGUUACGAAGAGAGAGAAAACCAGAAGUUGUAUUGUGAGGCCGUGUUUCGCUUCAUUGACUACGCUAUGCGCUGGCUGCAACUAAAGAGGGCUGGAGGCAACCUUGGUCCUCGGGAUGUCUCAGCGAUGGAAAUGGUGCAAGGUCUACUUGACUCAAUCCCUGCAGAACUAAUUUCACAACGAGCUGUAGAUUGUAAGGCUUAUGCGCGAGCCCUAUUCCACCUUGAACGGCAUAUCCGUCAAGUAGAUGAAGAGAAGAGAGGUGCGGGAGAGAGAGACCGGCUACUUCAAAGACUCCAAGAUAUAUAUACUCAAAUCGAUGAACCGGAUGGACUUGAGGGCAUAUCUGCGCACUUACAUGUGCUUGACGUCAACCAACAGGUUCUGAGUCAUCGAAAAGCCGGGCGAUGGGCAGCAGCUCAGACUUGGUACGAGAUUAAGCUAGCUGAGGAUCCCGAUAACGUCGAAGUUCAGAUCGAUCUAUUGACCUGUCUCAAGGAAUCGGGACAGCAUGACGUUCUCUUAAAUUAUGUUGAAGGUAUUGAGAAGCAUACUGCUGUCGCGACGAUUAAUCGGAUAGUUCCCUAUGCUGUAGAAGCGUCUUGGGCGACAGGAAGAUGGCGUACAAUGGAGAAAUUCAUCACGAAGUAUCAAGGAGACCGCACAGAAAACUUUAAUGUGUCAAUCGCUCAAGCUCUUCUUUACUUGAGGAAGGGGUGGACCAAAGCCUUCGUCGAUGAGAUGAGAAUUUUGAGAGACAGAGUCAACGCCUCCAUGAAUUUUUCAACCACGUCGUCAUUGCAGGCUUGUCACGAGCCGAUGUUAAAAUGUCACGUACUAACCGAUCUAGAACUGAUUGCUGGUAUUAACAACGACGGCAACCAACACCCACAGGAGGUUCUGAAAACACUCAACAGACGCCUUGAAGUUCUUGGAUCCUAUGUCAACGAUAAACAGUUCGUAUUGAGCAUACGGAGAGCAGCCAUGGAGUUGAUGCGACCAAGAUUCGGUGAUCUAGAUAUAUCAGCCCUUUGGCUAUCUAGUGCUCGACUCGCAAGAAAGACCAAUUCCAUGCACCAAUCCUUCAAUGCGGUACUCCAUGCAUCUCAGCUUGGUGACGACUCGGCAACCAUCGAAAACGCCCGGUUAUUAUGGAAAGAAGGGCACAACAGAAAGGCUAUACAGACCCUCAAAAGUGCUAUCGACAGUAGAGCAUUCACAAGCCAAAGCUUCACCGAACACGAAUCAUCUGAGAGAAAUCUUGAAUCGCAGCAGAAUAUGUUGACCGCGCGCGCUCAAUUGCUUCUCGCAAAAUGGCUUGAUAGUGCAGGCCAGACGCACGCUACCGCGCUGCGAGAGCAUUAUCGAAGCGUCCCUAAGAACUAUGGCACGUGGGAAAAGGGCCACUACUAUCUUGGCCGACAUUAUAAGAAGGUGCUUGAAUCCGAAAGGACGUUAAAGCCGGAUGACCAGAGCGACGAAUAUUUGACAGGGGAGACAGCCAAGCUCGUUAUCGAAAACUACAUGAGAUCGUUAAACUAUGGGGUCAAGUACCUCUACCAGACCCUUCCCCGGAUCCUGACUCUCUGGCUCGAGCUUGGUGCCCAGGUCGACAAAGCACCAGAAGGGAAAAUCUCGCUUUCCAAAGAACUUCAUCACCGUCGUAAGAUACAACUUACGUCGCUUCAUAAGUACCUCAACAAAUCCAUUUUCAGGUUGCCUGCGUACAUUUUCUAUACCGCCCUGCCUCAACUUGUAGCUCGCAUUGCCCAUCCGAACAUGGAGGUUUUCAUGCUACUGGAGGAGAUAAUAUUGAGAGUUGUUGAAGCCCAUCCGAGACAAGCUCUAUGGAGUUUAUUUGCCGUCACGACCUCCCGACAAACUAAUUCGGAACGGAGGGCGCGCGGCCAACGGAUGAUGCAGAAAAUCAGGGAUAGGAGUAAGAAGGUAGAAAGUGGCUCGUUGGAGUUGAAGACUCUGCUGCGCAUGGGCGAGAAGUUGGCGGAGCAGCUCCUUCUCGCUUGCAAUAACGGAGAUUUCCAGAGCAAUAGGACGACGGUUGCAAGCAUCACCCGGGAUCUGAACUUCAACCACAAGUGCACGCCAUGUCCCCUCGUCGUCCCAAUCGAGAUUUGUCUUACAGCCACGCUUCCCACUCUCACGGACAACCUCAAGAAGCACAAAGCGUUUUCUCGAGAUGUUAUUCUCAUCCAGUCAUUUUUGGAUGAAGUUUUAGUGCUGGGCUCUCUAGCCAAGCCUCGAAAACUUACGGCUCGCGGGUCUAACGGGGUGAACUACGGCCUCCUGAUCAAACCAAAGGACGACCUCCGUACAGAUCAACGUCUUAUGGAGUUUAAUGGCAUGAUUAAUCGGUCACUAAAGCGAGAUGCCGAGUCCAGUAGGAGGCAGCUUUACAUUAAAACUUAUGCCGUCACGCCGCUGAACGAGGAGUGCGGUAUCAUCGAGUGGGUUGAUGGACUCAAAACGCUUCGAGAUAUUCUGCUCAAUAUUUACCGAUCUCGUGGGAUUGUGCCUAAUUAUCAACAUCUCGCGCAGAUGAUGAAAGAUGCUUCUUUGGGGGACAAGAAUAUCGCAAUCUUCUCAGAGAGGAUACUAGGGAUGUUCCCGCCGGUGCUACCUAAUUGGUUCAUCGCGCAGUUCCCGAAUCCUUCGGCUUGGUUUGCAGCCCGACUUAGAUACACGAGGUCGUGUGCAGUUAUGUCGAUGGUUGGCACGAUCUUAGGACUUGGUGACCGCCACGGCGAGAACGUGCUUCUCGAAGAAGGCAACGGCGGCGUGUUCCACGUCGAUUUCAACUGCCUCUUUGAUAAGGGCCUGACAUUCGCGCAACCGGAACGAGUGCCAUUUCGGUUAACUCACAACAUGGUAGCGGCGAUGGGUAUCUACGGAUAUGAAGGACCAUUUAGACAAUGUUCAGAGCUAACUCUGAGCAUUUUAAGACAACAGGAAGAGACGCUGAUGACGAUUCUGGAAGCAUUCAUCUACGACCCGACACUAGACCUUCAGCGAGACAAACGCAGGAAGAAUGAAGUCGUCAGACUUAAUCCACAGAGCGUUGUGGAUAGUAUUAAGAGGAAAGUACGGGGUUUACUACCAGACGAAAGCAUACCACUAGGAGUCGAAGGGCAAGUAGAAGAACUGAUCAAGCAGGCGGUCAACCCGAAGAAUUUGACGGCUAUGUAUAUCGGAUGGUGUCCUUUCUUUUGAGGGGUCGGACCGGUGCAAGGGAGUCAUCGUAAAUGGGUUAUUCAUGUGGCUACUUGUUUUGGGGUGUUCGAGUAGAUAUGUAGUUUAUACCUGCAUCUUUGCCUCGAACACAUGUUCUAACGACUUCCCAUCUUGGUACCUACCUAUUCUCUUAAAGCACAGAUUCGAAAACGCAUGCACCUAUCCAUCCGAAGGUGGGAUAUGUGUUUAUAGUAUACAAGGAAGAUCAGAUGAACAAGAAUAAAAUAUUGAUAUACAUGAAAAUCGAAGAUUUCUUUCAGGUGGACGAUCAUUUUCCUAGGCAGAAUUCAGGGGUGUGCGAAUGGCGCAGUUGUACUUUCCAACUUCCAGUGCAAUUACGCUGGGUGACCAGUUGCUUUAGCGACUUAAAUGAGUUCGCUGUGGCUCUAUUAGGCACCUACAAC